AUGCCUCACACGUCUCGAAAGAAAAAGAAUCAGUCGCACAACAAGCGCAAGGAAGUCGUGGAUGAAGAUGGAUGGGUUAGAGUUGUCGGGUCCGGUCCGGGUACAGGGACUGGUAACGGUACCCGUCCCCGUACUGGCGGCACCACCGUGAGCGCGAGGACAACAGAUACCGGUACCGGCACUGGUAGAGACAAUGAUGUUGAUAACGUACCCGAUACAUCAGGGGAGGAAUCUGGGUCGCGGCCACGAUCACAAUCGCAACCGCAAUCACAAAUGGUCUUCAAGUGGCGCAAGGACGACACCGUGGUGACGAGAACGAUAAACGCAUCCCCUUCGGACCCGAUGAGCGUGUCAAGCCAUGUCACGGUCGACCAUGUACGGAAACGGUAUGAGAUUAUCGAACAGAGGUUUCGCAGUACACCGUUUUACGAGAGGGUGAGGGACGUCUUGACGGGUAUUAUGUCGACGUCAACAUCUACAUCGGCGCUGCAAGAAGACGACAAACAAGGAGACGACGAAGAAAGAAAAGAAUCGGCGGCGACGGCGACGAAACCCAAAACCAUCAUAGUAAACACGUGUAUCCUUUUCGGAUCGGGAAGUCUCUCUGGCGACGCAGUACACUGGAUCGACCGUCGAGAUUCGGCCCUUUAUCAGGUCUCUGCGUUCCUUGCGGCUGUCGACGUGAUAACUGGGCUGCAGGGUGGAGUCAGACCGACAUGCCUCGCGCAGGAACCGGGGUACAACACAGUGGAUGUCGACGUGUUGAAAAGUCUCGGGGUGAGUGUCGUUGUGCACCCAGAGGCGUUUGAAGCACUUGCCGGUGGAAACGGAAUGACAGCUACGAAGACGACGACGACGACGACGACGAAAGAAAAGAACGACACGAGCAAUCCUGGGGGUGCUGAUGUUGAGAAUCCGAGUGGUGCGGAUACCACGGCGGGAAACUCAAACAACGUCAUGGUUUAUUCACCUGCCGCAGAAAUGGAAGUCGAAUAUCAGAUUCUGAGUUCCCGACCUCGAAUAUGGUUGCACAGAUCACUUGAUCAUUUACUUCUUACGCCGACGGGCGGUGAUGGAAACAAUGGCAGAGGAGGCUUCUUCACACCUGGUGAAAGAGAGGUGAAUUCUCGGUUGACGCUGGAUUUCAAACGUGGGCAUGAAUCUACGAAGUUGCCAGAGGUCGAAGUUAGGAAUUUUCCCUUUCAUGAUUCGGUGAUUUGGUGGAGAAGGGCAUGA